UUCUUAUUGUUUGCACAGUUUUUGGUAGAAGUGUGUUUUAUCUUAACUUGUAAUGUGUAUUUGGAAUGUGUUUUGUGAGUUGAGUGAGUGAUAAUGAUUGUGUGGGAAGUUUGUCUCCUUGAUUUUUAUGCGACUUCCUUAAUACGGUUAGUUUAGAGCAAUAAGGUUCUCGAACACAGAUUGUUUGGUAUUUAGGUGGUGUACAUUCGAAGUUUCUUUUUUAGCUGUUUUGUGGUAUGAAUUGGGGCGGAUCUAGAAAUUUGAAACACCAGCGUCAUACUACACUUGUCAUGCUUAAUUUAUAGUUCAUCUUCUAUAUGCAAGCUAUUUAUUGAUGCCGAUAUUGUAGAUCCCAUCCCUUGUAUGAAUAUCUAACAAAUUGUCUAACUUAAGUUAUAAAUCGUGCGAAUUUCACUAAACCACUUAGGCUUUGUUCGGUUAAUUCUCAAGAGGAAGGGAUUGGAUGGAUUAUUUUCCUCCAAAUCCCUCCCAAUCCCCUUGUGGGUAGGAUUAACCGAACAAUCCCUUAAGGAAGAUCUACCUAAUUUUACCCUGUACAUCCAAGUGAGCCAUUUCAAAUAGGACAUUCUAUCUUCUAUUAAAAUUUUCGAUUAUACUGUUUCUUGUGUCACAGAUUUCUUUUUUAGCUUAUACCAUGGUUUCCCUUACCAUUUCUAGGAAGGGGGCAUUUCUUUUCUCGCUUAUACCAUACUGUAGUGAUUAUGGCAAACAGUGAAAAAACAUGAGAAACAUGACCUGAAAUUAUAAAAAAAAAAUGAACUCAAGGUUACCAGGUUCCAACCGUUUACCGCACCCCGGCAGUAAAGUAAACCUUGGCUUAUACUAGCUGUUUUAAUAUUCUUUACUUCUUUGUGCCCUUUUCAAAUAAAUAUAUCUUGUUAUAAUGGAUUUCUGUUGGAUGUGUACUGUGUUUUUGGAAGAUGGUCAUUAUUCCAGAGGCAUUUAUUCCCCUAUUCCCCUGCUCAUAAAUCAGUGUACUAAUAUAGUUCUGCUGCUCACAAAACACAAUGGGCUAAUAUAUAUAUAUAGGAACAGAACCGUCGGUUGUGGCAAACUGGCAAUCGUGUCAAAUACACUCGUGUAUGAGUACAUCUAUUACUCCAGAAUUGUUCUAACGUAAGGAAGCAUGCGGUACCAUUUUUGCAGAGCCAUCAACCAAGACAUGGCGACCAAGUACAUCGUCGGAUCAGUGACGGCAUCCUUUGCCUUUGCUUAUGUUUGCGGCGUUUACUUCGCCGACAAAAAGGUUUUAGGAGGCACAACUCCUCGCACGGUGGCAGACAAGGAAUGGGGGAAAGUGACCGAGGAGAAGCUCGACGCAUGGCCUCGCGUUGCAGGGAAGCCGGUCUCCAUGAACCCAGUCACCCGCCAGAACUACGUUCUGGUGAAGAAGAAGAAGGCUUCAGGGUCAAAGAAGGCAUCCGAGCCCUGAAAACUGCAAGGAGAGAGUUUGCUGUGAGGUGCUAAAACAUUCUGUGGCAGUUACAAAUAAAUUACAUCGAAUGGGUGUAAUAGAUUAAGAAUGUUGUUUGAAGUGUGUUACUGCUUAAGCUUUGAUUUUUCAUACCUGACAUGUUUGUAGAGCAUCAGCUGAGUGGUGACUUCAAGCAGCAGGACAUCAUAUCAUCGAAUUUUCGUCAA